CGAGAGAGAACGAAAGAACGAGAGAGAACGAGAACCAAGGCUGCAGGGGUGGAUUCCACUGGGCGGACCUUUUAACCUUUGACCCCGGACCUCUGAGCAAACGAACCCUCACAGGAGCCAGAUGAGUGCUGGUCACGCUCAUACAAGCGAGAGGGGCCGUGCAGUAUUGAUGGAGCAGGUAUCAGACGAUGAGCUGGACCACGGAGCGGAGGAGGACAGCGAUAAGGAGGACCAGGACCUGGACAAGAUGUUUGGAGAUUGGCUUGGCGAGCUGGACAAGCUGACACAGAGUCUGGAUGAUGGCAAACCUCAGAAACCGCUGCAGAAGCCUCCUCUCAGGCAGGAGACGAACAUGGCCAACUUCUCCUACCGCUUCUCUAUGUACAACAUAAACGAGGCGUUGAAUCAGGGCGACACGGUGGACCUGGAUGCUCUGAUGGCCGACCUGUGCACCAUUGAACAGGAGCUCAACACCAUUUCCAAACCAAACUCUUCAUCUCGCGGCCAGAACAAAGGCCAGCAGCGGGGCCCUGGGGGGCGCAGUGCCAGCACCAAGCACACAGGCACCAGUGGGGGAGGAAGCAGUGGAGGGAGCACCAGUAGCAGUACCCGCGCCUCGCCGGCCAACACCGUGCGCGGCGGCAGCCUCAACGCCCGGCCCGCAGCCUCCAACAUCUCCCUGGAUGACAUCACCUCCCAGCUGGAGAAGGCCUCUCUCAGCAUGGACGAAGCGGCGCGCCAGACCUCCUCAUCCUCUUCCUCGUCCUCGUCCUCCUCUUUCUCCUCCGCCACGCUGCGGCGGCCCUCGUCGGGGUCGUCCGGCGGCGGGCAGCACAGGCGGACGGGCUCGGUGGGCGCGGUCAGCGAGCAGGAAGCUCCGUCCCAGCGGUCCAGCGUGAAUUCGGCGUGCGCGUCGGCGUCCAGCAUGGACUCGCUGGACAUUGACAAAGUGAUGGCAGGUGGAGAGGUGGAGGCCCAGAGCGGCCCGAGCACACAGGGUCAGAACCAGACCAGCACGGAGCACUCCUAUCUGGACCGAGAAACCUCGCUCAUUCUGAAAAGCAUAGCAGGAAAGCCUUCUCACCUCCUGACCAAGGAGGAACAAGCUGCCAAAUUGAAGGCAGAGAAGAUCCGCGUCGCCCUGGAAAAGAUCAAGGAGGCACAGGUCAAAAAGCUGGUGAUCAGGGUCCACAUGUCGGACGAGAGCUCCAAGACCAUGAUGGUGGACGAGAGGCAGACGGUGAGGCAGGUGCUGGACAGCCUGCUGGAUAAGUCGCACUGUGGCUACAGUCCCGACUGGUCUCUCGUGGAAACCAUCAAUGAGCUACAGAUGGAGCGUAUUUUCGAGGACCACGAGAACUUGGUGGAGAAUCUCUUAAACUGGACCCGGGACAGCCACAACAAGCUGAUGUUCAUCGAACGCAUCGAGAAAUAUGCCCUCUUCAAGAACCCUCAGAACUACUUGCUGGGGCGGAAGGAGACGUCGGAAAUGGCUGACCGGAAUAAAGAGGCUUUGUUGGAGGAGUGCUUCUGUGGCGGGUCGGUGUCCGUGCCGGAGAUCGAGGGCAUCCUGUGGCUGAAGGAGGACGGCAAGAAGUCGUGGAAGAAACGUUACUUCCUCCUCAGAGCCUCCGGGAUCUACUACGUCCCCAAAGGCAAAGCCAAGGCAUCCAGAGAUCUUGUGUGCUUCCUGCAGCUGGACCAUGUUAACGUGUAUUACGGCCAGGACUACCGCUGCAAAUACAAGGCUCCUACCGACUACUGCCUGGCCCUGAAGCAUCCCCAAAUCCAGAAGAAGUCCCAGUACAUCAAGUAUCUGUGUUGUGAUGAUGUCAGGACUCUGCACCAAUGGGUGAAUGGAAUUCGCAUCGCCAAGUACGGCAAGCAACUAUAUGUAAACUACCAGGAGGCCAUGAAGAGGACUGAGGCCGCCUACGAUUGGUCCUCGCUCUCCACCGCCAGCAUCCGAUCAGGUUCCAGCUCCGCCAGCAUUCCUGAGUCCCAGUCUAAUCACUCAGGCCACUCAGACAGUGGAGUGGACACAGGCACUUCUCAUGGCCGGUCCCAAAGUGUGGUGAGCUCCAUUUUUUCUGAGGCCUGGAAGAGAGGUACCCAGAUAGAGGAAAGCUCCAAGGCAUCCAGAGGUGGCACCCUGCCGCACGCUUCCCACGUUCACCGGCAUCACAGCCAGCAUUCAGCGGAUCACCCGGCUCUGACGCCCCCUCCCCAACCUCAGGUGCAACCUCAACCAGUCCUACAACACCCUCCGCAGCUUCAGCAUCCCGAGACACUGACCCAGGUGGCAACGCUACACCAGCACCUGCCUCCCCAGCAUCAGUCUCCCCAGCAGGCACCACAGCCGGCUCCCCAGUUUCCCCAGCGCCCUCAGCCGUCGCCACAGUCUCCGCAGCAGCAGCAGCAGCAGCAACAACUGCUACAGCUGCAGCAACAACAACUACAGCAACAACAACUACAGCUACAGCAGCAGCUACAGCAGCAACAACAGCUACAACUGCAGCAGCAGAGACUGGCUCCACCACCACCGCCACCUCCUCCCCCGCCGCCUCCUCUCCCACCCCUAGUUCAGGCGGUAUCGCACCACUCUCCGGGGCCCACCAUGUACAAAUUCAGCACCAUCAACCGGCUGCAGAACCAGAUGGCCUCCCAGUCGGCCAAUCACCACAGGUUUCCUGGUCACCUGCAUGCGAUAGGGCAGCAGGUUCUGCCCAGGGCUCCGACGCCACCGGCACCUCAGGUGCCCGUUAACGUGAAUCACAUCGCAGCGAGGACUAAUGUCCCGCCUCCGCCUCCUCCUCCCCCUCCACCGGCCAUGCCGACCCCCGGGUCAGCCAUGGCGAUGUUGAAGCGGGGCCCCCCCAGCCCGGCUACCCCGCCGGCUUUUAUUCCCCCGCCUCCAGGACCUCCGGCUCCACAGACAAACGGAUUGGCGUUUCCUCCGCCCCCUCCGCCGUAUCCCACGGGUCAGCAUGUCUACCCCAACGGGCUGAAGCAGGCGUUGAAGGAGAGAUUCCCCAGCCCGCCACGGGACCUCCUCCCUCCAAAUGGGUUCAAUUUGCCAGCCCAGUUCCCGCCCCCCCCUGCACCGCCACCAGCGCCGCCCAAAACCUUCACCCCGGGCUUUGUCCGUCACACCGCCCCCAAACCGGUGUCGCCUGUCUCUCCUUUCCCUCCCGCCCCACCUCCCGCCGCCUUGGCUGGGUCCGAACCCGCCCCCACCUUCAACCCACGUUUCCGCCUGGGCGCCUUAAGAAGCAAUAUAACCUUGCAGGCGGGCUCCCCCCCUCGACUCUCCCUCAAGCAGCACGCGCUGGCUAAAACAGCCAGCUCCCCACAUGUCCUUUGCAACAUAAACAAUAAGGGAGAAAACUCCCGACUCUUCCCCCUCGCGGUCAAGACCAAACCGAGAUGGCAGCCCGGUGGCGGCCCGCAACUGCAAUCCCCGGAGUUCCCCCCUCCUCCAGACAACAACGUUGGCUUCCCCGCCGCCGCCGCCGCUGCUCCUCCUCCUCCACCGCCUCCUCCUCCCCCUCCGCCUCCGCCCCCAGCUCACGUCACCGGGCCGACUCCACCACCUCCCCCACUACCCCCCGGGAACCUAGGCUCCUUGUCUCGGAGGUCACCCCCCGUGUCCUCCGGUUUCGGGGGCAAGAAAGCGCCUCCCGCCCCGCAGAGGGACUCCAGCUCCAAGUUCAACGCCUGAUCUUACGAAGAAUCCAGGAGAAACUUGCUCAGCAAGUUUGCGCCUCCCCAGAACAGCGCCUCACCGAGUCCCACGUCCUCCUCCAGAUCCCCAGCCAAGGACCCUUCAACUGGGCCCCGUGCCCCCCCGAAACCAGGCAAGCUCAACCUGGCCAACCUGCCCAUGGCGCUGCAGGCUAAAGUGAGCCAGGUAAAGCAGACCAGCGGGGACUUCCCCUCCCCACCACCCGAGAGCGCCUACUUCCCGCCUCCUCCGCCAGCCUCUGAGCUCUUCCCCCCUCCUCCGCCUCCCGGUGGCGACGCCCACAGCGGAGGACCUCCUCGGGUGGCCGUGGUCAAUCCACAGCCCCAGGCUCCCCCUCCUCCUCCGCCCGUCUCCCUCGUCAGCAACUCUACGUGGGGGAAGAGCUCACUGAAGAAGACUCCUCCGCCCACGCUCGUGCGGCGUAGCAACGCCACGCCGGAGCCCGCUCCGCUCUCCCCGCCUCCGCCCACCUCCCCGAAGGGCAGCUCGGGCCAGCCCAAUUUCCUGGAUGAUCUCCACCGGACACUGAAGCGAAAGUCGGUGGGUCGCCAAGGUUCCCUCAACUCGGCCGGCCUCGCGGGCAAGCCGGACGCCGUGGGGACAAUGGACGACAUGGCGCUGCCUCCCCCGCCCCCCGAGCUGCUCCUGGACGAAGGACAGCAGAGCAACGGAGGAAACGGUGCCUACAUGUCCGGAAACAUCUCAGGCUAUGCAACAAUACGACGAGGACCCCCGCCCGCACCGCCCAAACGAGGGGACGCAACCAAACUUACCGGGGAGUGUUGAAGCGCGGAGGUCAUUAUGAAGGUGGCUGAAUAGCAGAAUAUAUUGAACUGAACACUCGUUGGUGAGAUGGGAGCAAACUCCUGAACAGCUUCGGUCCUGUUAAAGAGACUGUGUACAUAUUAAAACCCAAACCAGACCACGGGUCCGUUGGUGUUGGCUAAUUAUUGCCGUUUCUUUAACAUGCUUAGCGUUCCGGAUCGGUGGGGUUCAGACUGGAGCGGGUAAGUUUGAGGUCACAGAAAAGAAAAGAAAAAGGUCUUAAUUUUCUGCGAUCCUCUAAACUCUCUGGAAGACAUUGUAUUAUGGUAUAACCCCGCCCAUCUGGUACACCAAGCAAAUUUAAAAUAAACAAUAAUAAGAAAGUCUGAGCCAAACCACGUACUGGAGACAAAAAACAAAACAAAAUACAUCUGGAUCUUUCUGAUUGGUACUGCAUGGACUUCAUGUGAGACCAACCGAGUGUUUGCAUGAGAGGAGCUGAGACUAGAGAGCCACACAUGCAUGCAUGUGUGGCUGAUUAUAUGGUGGUGAAGUAGUUCACCAUUGGAGAAGGCCUUCGAGGAGGGGGGACAGUGAGGUUUGUUUUUAUAAAGAAUUAUUUAAUGAGCGAUAAACAGAAGGACUUUUCUUUCUUUCUUUUUUUUUUGUACGUCUGUCUUUUCUUCGCUGCUUCACAAAGUCUUGAGAGGAGCAAAACACGAGGGCACAAUGGAAUGUAUCUGGGACGGUGUAAUUAAGAACAAGAGUUACACACACAAAAGCAAUGAUUCAGCAGCAUAAAUGUUAAACUUUUAAAUCUGUCGACAUUUCUAGACUGUUUCAACACUUUAGCAAAGCAUCAGAAGGAAGCCUUAUCCCCAAAGUGUUGCACAGAGGUCAAAAGCAAAAUGUAAGUUAGUUUCUAAAGGUUCAGCAGUGCCUGGAUUGAGGAGGAAGAAGAAGAGGAGACAUGUUUUUUGUACUUUAUUUAAUGUAAAUGGAGGAGCAGGAGGCCUGUGACUGUGGGUUCCCCCGUGCGCUGGCUCGAUUUUGGACCUCGUUCCUCACAUCGUGUCUGUACAGUCGUAGCUGCUACUCAGUUACUGUUGCCCCCCCCCCCCCCCCCCCAUCCUCGCCGCCGCUUUUUUAAAGUCACAUGGGAUCGCAGUUUGGGAAAUAAAAAGUACCGGGUGGAUUCAGUCCUGGCAAAUAUACUCAUCCACACAAGCUAACCCAGUAUAAAAGAAUACAUUUUACAUCAUUAAAUCAUGUACUGGAUUGGAUCAUGAAGGGUUCUAAUUUCAAGCAGCAAUGCCUUUUAUUUUUCCGGGUGCUAAUGUUGUCCGUUUCAAGGAACUCCUCAUCAACAUGUCCUUCUUUGCAAGGAUGACAUAUCAUUAUUAUCUCAGACUGUUUAAACUGGUUUUAAAUUGACGUAUAACUGAUUACCAUUGUCUUAACCGGAUGUUUGCUACAGUGCAGUAUGUAAGUUAUUGAUGUGCUGAUGUGAACAUGUGGGGCCAAGUGAAAUGAAGACAAAUGGUUGCAGACGUGUCCUGCAUAUAAACUGAAAAUCACAAUAUAAAUGUUCAAACCAGA